AUGGGAAAAUAUAAUCCAAUAUCAAUUCUAACAGCAAGAACCAAUACAGGAGGUCUUAGAGGCAAGAAGUUGAAGAUAACAAUCUCAGCAAUUGCUACCACCGGAUUCAGUUUAUUCGGAUAUGAUCAAGGGUACGGUAUCUUUUUAAAUCGUGUUUGGAAUGGAAUCGUUUACUAACUAAAAUUAAAACUAGUCUUAUGUCAGGUAUUAUUUCAGCUGAACAAUUUACUUCAUAUUUUCCACCUGCUGAAGGUGAUUCAGUCAUCCAAGGUGCUAUUACAAGUUGUUAUGAAAUUGGAUGUUUUUUUGGAGCAUUAUUUGCUUUAUUCUUUGGUGAUAAAACUGGUAGAAGACCAUUAAUUGUAUGUGGUUCAAUUAUUAUUAUUAUUGGUACUAUUAUUUCCGUAACUGCUAUUAAACCAUAUUGGCAAACAGGUCAAUUCGUUAUUGGUAGAGUUAUAACAGGUAUUGGUAAUGGUUUGAAUACUGCUACUAUUCCAAUUUGGCAAUCUGAAGUUUCAAGAGCUGAAAAUAGAGGUAGAUUAGUUACUAUGGAAGGUGCUGUUGUCGCCGUCGGUACUUUUAUUGCUUAUUGGAUUGAUUUUGGUUUAUCAUAUGUUAACAACUCAGCCUCAUGGAGAGUUCCUGUUGCUAUCCAAAUUGUUUUUGCAGCUGUUUUAUUUGUCGGUAUUUUAGAAUUGCCUGAAUCUCCAAGAUGGUUAAUUGCUCAUGAUAGAAAACCAGAAGCUUAUGAAAUCUUAGCUGCAUUAAAUGAUUGUGAUCCAGAUGAUGAUGAAGUUGUUGCAGAAGCUAGUGUUAUUGUUGAUGCUGUCAAUAGAUUCUCAAAAUUACAAACUGGUUUCCGUGAUUUAUUUACUGGUGGUAAAACUCAACAUUUCCAAAGAAUGGUACUUGGUUCAUCAACUCAAUUUUUCCAACAAUUUACUGGUUGUAAUGCAGCUAUUUAUUAUUCUACUGUUUUAUUCCAUCAAACUAUAUUCAAUGGUACCAAAUAUAGAUUAUCAUUAAUCUUGGGUGGUGUUUUUGCUACUGUCUAUGCCAUUUUCACCAUUCCAUCAUUUUUCUUGAUUGAUACGUUAGGUAGAAGACCAUUGUUUUUAAUUGGUGCUACAGGUCAAGGUGUUGCUUUUAUCAUUUCAUUUGCUUGUUUAGUUCAUCCAACUGAAGAAAAUGCUAAAGGUGCUGCUGUCGGUAUUUUCUUAUUUAUUGUAUUCUUUGCCUUCACAAUUUUACCAUUACCAUGGGUUUAUCCACCAGAAAUCAAUCCAUUAAGAACUAGAACUGCUGCUGCUGCUGUCUCUACUUGUACUAACUGGAUUUGUAAUUUUGCUGUUGUCAUGUUUACACCAGUUUUUAUUGCUAAAUCGGACUGGGGAUGUUAUUUGUUCUUUGCAUUAUUAAAUUGGAUAUGGGUUCCUAUCAUUUUCUUCUUCUACCCAGAAACAAAAGUAUGUAUAAGAUCCUUGUUGAUGUUGAUUAGAGUACUAACUUUUUAUAGGGCCGUACCUUGGAAGAAAUUGAUAUUAUUUUCGCCAAAGCUGAAAUUGAAAAACGUCAACCAUGGAGAGUUGCUGCUACAUUACCAAAAUUAUCAUUACAAGAUGUCGAAGAUCAAUCCAAAGAACUUGGAUUGUAUGAAGAAGAUUUUGAAAAGGAUAAUUUUGAAACCAAGGAAGAUAUUUCUGAUUCAUCUAGUAACCAAAAUAAUGGUGUUUUUGAAGAACCAGAAGAUAUAGAAUCUAAUAAUAGACCAACUGAAGCUUAA